AUGGUCAGAUUUUCAUCUUCCGAAUUGUUUUCAGCCUUUUCUUCUGAUGAAGAAAGUCAGGUUGCCGAUCCUGCAGCACUUGACUUGAUAGAGGGUGAAUUGUCUGAUGAUGAAGAGGUAAUACAAAAUGCUUUUGAUCAACAUGCAAUUCCUGUUCAAUUCAAAUCACAAAAGAAGAAGAAAAUUAAAAGAAAACAAAAGACUGUAAAAAAGGAAAAGCAAAUUAUUUAUGAAUUUGAAGAACAAGUAUCAGCUCCAAAGGUUGUCAAGUCAACUGUGGAAAAACAAAAUAAUCAACAAGAGAAGGGAUUGUUGGAUGAGGUUAGGUUCAAUUUUCCGAUAUGCUUUUCUAAAAAUUUGUGGAAAGACGUAGUUCCAGAACAGAUUACAACUUAUCAAGUUGAUUCAAAUUAUAUUUCAGAUGUUAUGGACAUUUCAUUUAAUUAUCAUAGAUUGAGCGAGGCCAGAAGUAAGAUAUUUAAAGAACCUUUCAAGAAUUUCACAGAAGCUGUUGAAGAGCUAGUUAGAAUUCCUCGAUUUAGAGAAAGAACAACUUCCAGAAAGCUCAAUUCCUCCUCCACAAAUCUCCUUUCACAAUCCAGAAGUAUUGAAAGGAAGAUUUUCAGUUGUGUGGCUCACAACUUUUCUUACAUUUUAGAAAAGAAAGAGAAUACCUUGCAUUUUCUUAUUUAUGAUAGCGCAAGAAAUACUCUAGUAGAUUAUUUGAAUUUUGAAAAGUUGUUUUUCCUCAAAGGAAAGCACAGUAUGAUCAAACUUGAUUUGGAAUUUAAUUCUGAUUACAAAAUCGCAAAGUUCGCUGAUAAUAUACUCAUAUUUUGUGGAGAUCAUUCACUUACCGAGUCCGAAUAUUUAGAACAAGGAGAGGUUGAAAAUGCACACUUUAGUGCUCAUGAUAGGGUUCAAUUUCGUAAUAUCAAGGCCGAUGAAAUGAUAAUUUAUAAGAUUAUCAAGGUCGACACACCAAAGGAGAUUGCAAUUGUCCCAUGUUUUUCAAUUAAUAAGGACGGCGAUAACUGUAUCACCAAGAGAAGCGACUACUCGGUCAAUUCUACUAAUGGCUCUUUCAUAUACGUCUUUGGAGGUGUAGAAAAGAAUGGAAAAUUAUCUAAUGCUCUCUUUAUGCUUACUAGAAGUACCACUCAUAAUGGAAGACUUGACAGCCGUCUUCAAAACAAUGAAUGUGCUCCUUGCCCAAGAUACAAACACUCCUCUUGUAUGAUUAUCUCUGAUUUGUUUAUUUAUGGAGGUAUUGGAGAGAAUGGAAAAGUAUUGAAUGACUUGUACAGAUUCAAGGAUGGAAAAUGGGUUGAAAUUAUUGUUGAUUCUCUACUUCCUUCUCCUACUGCAGAUUGUUCUCUAUUUUCAGAUUCGAGAAACGUGUACCUAUUCCAGAAGAAUUCUGACAGCUAUUGUAUUGAGGUUAAUGAAAAAAACCCAAGUUGGAAAAUUCUUAAUGGUUUGAUUAAAGAGAAGAGAGAUGGGCAACCUCCAAUCAAAAUAGAUGCAACCAGUAGUAUUUUUGAGUUGAGUGAUGAAGGGUUACACUUUUGUCCAAAGUAUCUUUUUGAUUUCCGUUCUCAAAGAACUUCCCUUCCACAAUUCUUGAUGGAAAAGAGAAAUGAAUACUAUAUGGUAGAUAUGGCUUUCAAAUUGGAAGACUCUCUCAAUGAUUUGUCUGAUUACAUUCUCGCCCACAAAUGUGUCAUACUUGCUAGAUGUCCUGGUUUGUAUAAAUACAUUGAAGAAACAAAUCAAGAAUUAGAGAAGGAAGAAUUUAUUGGAGUAAUUUUCCCAAAUGAUGAUAAGGCAACAAUUCCACUUGUAAGAGUAUUACCAGGUUAUGAACCUGUUUUCAAAACAUAUUUGGACUUUUUGUAUUGUGGAGAAAUUAUUGUCACUGAAGCAAAGAAUGUGCCUCUCUUGUUAGAUUUAGCAAGAAUUCUCUCUCCAGAGAGCCAUUAUCCAUUCUUUUUGAAGCUUUUCAAUAAGAGCACCAAGAUUGAUAUGUCGUUGUGUAGAGAAUCAAUAAGAGAAUAUGAGAAGAAUUUUGAAAAUCUCUUCAAAAAUAACACUGGCUCAGAUUUAGCACUAGUAUUUCCAGAUAGUCAUCCAAAUAUUGAACUCGAUGACUGUGGAAUGGUUGCUGAUCAAGAAAAAAUUCCUACAGGAGCACUCAAUGUUCACAGACUAUUCCUCUCCAGAAGUCCAUAUCUUUCCAGAGUAUUCGUUACAAGUAGAAUGUCUGAAGCAAUGUCCAAUGUUGUCUAUAUGGAGGAGUAUUCAUAUGAUGCCUUUAAAAAGAUGGUCGAAUUUUUCUAUACAGACAAAAUUCAGUUGGAUGGCCAGAAUUGUCUUGCAACCUUAAUUUAUUCUUCCUUGUUUGAAUGUGAGGAUUUACUUUCUUGUUCUAGAUCUGUUGCCACAGAAUUGAUCGAUACUGCUACCGUCUGGGCUGUCAUGGGUAUUGCUCUACAUUAUCAAGAUCCAGGCCUUCAAAUUGCAUGUGAGGAUUAUAUUAUUAAGAACAACUCUCUAAUGGAUACAAGAGAUUUUCAUGAACUUCCAAAAGAUGCCAAAAGAAGAAUCAAGGAACAAUUCAAAAAGAAAAAGCCAAACAAAAAGAAAUAA